UGCUACUGUACACGGAAUCCCGUUAAGCAAAAGCUUCUUUGGUUCCGUCCAGAACAAUUUGAAACGUUUUUGAAGACAUCGUACAAUUCGGUUGCCGCGUGGUUCAUUCAUGGACGGUACAUCGGGAUGGCAUUAGGACGAAAGAAUGCUGUAAGUUUGUUUCUUACUUCUUUUGUUUACUGGGUCAGCUCUAUGUCUUCUGUUUGUAAUUAAAUGUUCUAAGUAUAUUUCGCUUUACUUCCUGGAAGUGGUGAUAUGCUUUGCCAAGACCUUUAUUCUGGUAAGUUUAGUAAGGCAUUUGAAUUUGAACACACGUUAACUACAUCUAGUAUGAAUUGUAUCUCCAGACUACGUAGUAAUAUAAAUUUCAGAACUGUCAUUGUUAAAUCAAUCUACGAGAGAUGAGUGUCAGUCACCACCAAUUCCACCCGGGAUAUUAAAAUGUCCUCCUGUGAUAAGGAAAUGUAGUCAGUCAGCAAAUAGACUGUUUUAAUACAAAGUGAGUAACAAAGUAUUCAUUGGCAAGGUUUUGGUCAGGAGAAAGCCGAGGAUGAGUUUGUUUGUGGUUGCUUUUCAUCUAUAAGUUGUCAAGACAUAGAUUAACCAUUAGUCCGGAUGAUAUAAUCCUUCUUCAUCUAUGUGUCUUCAAGCACCUGAGAUGUAUUACCAACCUGCUCUUAAACGUUAAGGUCUGAAGCAGUGCAUAAACUCCAGUAUAUGCAGCACAAUAUUGUUUUUUUUUCAGCUGUCACGUUUACCCAACCACUGAUUCCUAACGUAAGUUUGAACCGAGAACACUACAUUUCUUUUUUAUUCUGAGACCGGUAGUCACUGUCUGACAAGUAAAUCUGGAUGUCCUCUUUAUUUAGUUUACCUCACGCACUGGGUGGAUAGUCAUGAUACUUAACGCGUCCUAAUCGUUAAUUUCUCGUGAGGUGAGUCUAUAAUCUAUGGAAGAACCACGAAAUUAACGACAGGUAGUCUAAAAUUUUGGCGUGAAGUUCAUUCGUCUAUGUGGCUAAAUAGUAUUUUUGCAUCAUAGCUGAUGUCAGUUCGUGUUGAAAACUCUCAUUCUAAUUCCUAACCUUAAAUUUAGCUCUAGAUUCCAGUCCUAGCUCCUCGUACUAAUUUACAUUCCUCUAUUGAGCCUUGUAAGCAGGUUUUUCCCCAAGGUCGUUUUAGCAUCGCCCAACGGUCGUUCACAAAUUUUAGUCUCACCACUCGUGAUACCACAUACCAUCGUAUCUUGUUUGUUUGAAAAGUUGGUUUUUAAUGAGAUUAUAACCAACACUGAAAAUUGUAUGGGGAUUAAUAACAAUUUGCAUGGAUGUGUCCGUCAAUAGUACUGCUUUCUUAUAUUCAAAUCUGAUACUUAAAAAGUGAAUCAAAAUAAUUCUAAAAUGAUUUAAAAUCGAUCUUGUCUGCUACAAGUCAGGUGUAUUUAGGUAUCGUCUGUAAAUGAAUGAAUAUAGAUAAGCACAAUUUAAGUAAAAUAUCAUGACUGAAGUGCGGCGUCAAUGGGUGUCUAUAGCCUAGAUACCGUCAUUUUAUAAAUGGCUGAUCGAACUCGUAACUUGUCCAAAAAAUUUCAGGAUAUCCUGUAAAUCAAAGUAACCAAAACUAUUUAAGGAGGGAAGCUGAUUUCCGCUGCUUAACUGGCAAUUUAUGGUGUGUCCCAAAAAAGAAACUGAAUGUCAUCCAUUGGUAUCUUGUAGAUCAACCACAACCUAAAAUGUAAUCAGGGCUGUUGCUCGAAUCUGCUUACUCGUUAUUCUAGAGUCACGUUUCUCAUUAUUUAUUUAUUGAAAUCUAGAUAGUAGUACAGUAUGCACCAUAUAAUAAGAGAAUGUAAUUGUAAAGAGGUAGAGAAAGGUGAGCAUAGUAUAUAAAACUAAAUGAAUAAAAACAGGUGAGUAGGAGUAAAAGAAAAUAAUAGCAGAAGCAGUUCAGUUCGGAAAAAACGACCAGAGAUUUCUUUCAGUCGUAGAAGUUACUCUUACUUUCGUGAAGAAAGUGAAAGUUACAGCAGGAUCACUACUGGCUUCUGUUCUGAGCCAUGUAUAAUAACCUGUCGAACAAUUGUGUUUUUCUGUCUUCAGUAUUCUAACUAGGGAGUCCUGAAGGACCAACAGAAGCCAGUCUUGCACAGCUUUCCUUUGUGCCUUGGCAGCAUGUCAUACACUGACCACCUCGCCACUUUUCGCAGCCGGCAACCUAACAAUGCAUAAUUGUCUAUUAAUGAGGGUUCAAUCGAUUAGUGCUGCCUCAGCUCUAGCGCUUAAUGCAACUAAAACUAGAUGGUGUCACGGGGUCCCCGGGUAAACGCAUGUGAAAUAAGCCUUUCGAAGUGACAUAAGGAGAGCAAAUCUGUAGUAUUUCAGCAGAGUUUUGAAUAUGGGUAUCGGAUAGACAACAGACAUCGAUGUUGAUACUUUCUAAAGACAUAGAUAACCCUGUCUGUUGUCUGAUCUGCAUUAGUGUGCGAACGUUGAAUGAGACCAGUUUGAAUGGCACACGUGGUUUCAUAAAGGCUGUUUCAAAUUUCGUAUUCAAUGGUAGUGCUCAACUUUUAACUGGUCAGUGACGCAAGAUCGUUUAGAUAGAACAGAUUUUCCACCAUAGAGCUGCCAUGGGAGUUGAAAAAUAAAGGAAUGUACAAAAUGGGUAUAUACUAAUAGACAAGUGACAUAAUGUAAAAUAAAAAUAAGUAUUAAUAAGUAGUUUUGUGUGAUUUGCGGGUAUGAGAAUUAAAGCGCGAAUAGUUUUUGUAAUUGUAGUCAUAAUUUAGCUAGUAAACGGGUUAGCAUACCGCCCUGAUGCUCAGAUCGAAGCAGAUGGCUUUUUUACAGAGCUACUUCGCGGACAUUUGAUGUGGAGGUCCAAUCCACAAGAUGGUGGAGCAUCAUUAGGAGAUGCGAUCCCAUGUUAGCUGAUGACCGGUACACCAUUAUUCCAUAGGAUCCUGACACUCAUGUUCACUAUUGGUUUGGAAUCCGAAUUUUUCAAUUCGCCUAGGUGGCUUCUCCGUAUUCAUAUUUCAGUAGCAAACCAAUCGUGUCUGACCUCUCUAGGACCUAGGUUUUCUAACUCAUCUUUUCUACAAAAAAGGCAGUAUCACUAAAGUUGGUAAUUUUAAAAAUGCUAAUUUAAUAGUGGUUUUCGUUUAGAGAGCUAUUGACAUCCAUAUUAAAGUGAGGAAACCUUAUCUAUGGUAUUUGGAUCAAAAUACAGUUUUCUCAAAAACUAGUAAUGCUCUUUUUGAAUUUGAUCGUUAGACUCGUCUACCUCCAGAGGUAAAUAGGAUCUUGUUGGUGAAAAAUCUACCCUAUAACAUAUCAGCGGAAGAAAUGUAUGAUAUUUUCGGCAAGUACGGUGCUAUCCGUCAAAUUCGCAUUGGCAACACCCCUGAAACGAAAGGAACUGCUCUGGUUAUCUAUGAAGACAUUUUUGACGCUAAGAACGCUUGUGAUCACCUCAGUGGCUUUAACGUUUGUAACCGAUAUCUCGUAGUUCUGUACUACCAGAGAAACAAGCAAUUCAAGAAAACUGAUGUAGACAAAAAGAAAGAAGAAUUAGAUCGAUUGAAGGCAAAAUAUGGAUUAAAUACUCCGAAAAUGAAAUGAUUCAUUUCACAACGAAUCUGGAGCUUUUCCGCGGCUUUCUCACACCGGACGUUCUUAAAUCCUUGUGCAAAUAAAACUUAUACCUUUGACAAAAUAAUCAAUAAAAUGUAUAAAAGUAACGUGAUCAUUUUUUGACAGUAAACUUCAGAUAUUCUGAUUACAUGGACAAAAUGUAAUCAUGUUGCAGUUGUGCUGUUCUAUAUGUAAUAAAACAG